AUGUCCUCAUUCCGCUCCAUGCUCGGCGUGCCGCCGUCUACGGCCUCCACCCAGGACAGUGUCCUCGUCAUCAUCGACGCCCAGGGCGAAUACGCCGAGGGCAAGCUCAAGAUUUCCAACAUUGAGGCGUCGCGCCCCAACAUCUCUUCCCUGCUUGAAGUACCGCGCCGCCAACGCGCCCAUCGCGCCCAUUCGUCCACGUCGUUUCACGAGACGCCCGCCGGCGCCCCCUUCUCUUUCACCCAGGGCACGAAAGCUCGCCGAGAUCUUCGACGAGCUCGCGCCCAAGGAUGGCGAGCUGUUGUGACGAAGCACCACCCCGGUUCAUUCGCCGACACCAACCUGCAGGAGAUUCUGGAGAAGUCCGGCAAGAAGAAGAUUGUACUCGUCGGUUACAUGGUGAGCAGGGUGCGCAAGAGGGGCUGGGACGUCAUCGUCGCCGAGGACGCUGUCGGUGAUAGGGACAUUCCCGGCGUGGAUGCUGCGCAGCUUGUGAAGGUUGCCCUGGCUGAGAUUGCUGAUGUCUUUGGCACUCUUGUCUUGAGCAAGGAUAUCAACUAG